AUGAUCACACUCAUAACGGUGGCGACCCAGAAGGAGGAUGAGAUCGAAAGCCUUGUACCGGAGGAUCUCCGACUGCAUGAGCUCGACGGGGACGCCGUUGAUCUUGAUCAGCCCGCGGUCGUGCUUGCAAUGAGUCACAGCGACGGCCGUUUUCUUGCGCCCAAAGCAUUGUACGGGUUUAGUUGUCACCGCCAUGGUUAUGGUGAUUCGUUUGUUUCUCUCUCUCAACUAGGUUCAGAGCGGCCCGAGGGAGAUUUGUUACUAACCGUUGUGUUGGAGUAUCUACACCGAGGGCCUCCUUAUCGCUGUUUUGCAGGUUGA